CAGCUAUUAAUGUGGGUCCUUCAGAGGUCCUUUGAAUGCAUGUGGCGCGAUAUGGGAAAGUGAGUGGAAAAUAGUUUGACAGCAGGAGAGCCGAAGAAAUUAUUGUCACCGUGGGACUCUCUGUUCAUCCAAAAACAUGUUUACAGCACAGCAAAGUAGUUGGUUCAUCCACAAGGUUGUUUGCUGGAGAGCCACGGCCAGUAUUGCUUGGGCUGUCCUGUUGUUGCCUCCCACCACAGCAGUUUUUGGUAUCCUCAGCAGGUUCAAUCUCCUUCACCCCAUCCAGACCAUAUCAGAAUGUCUGUCUCUCCUGACAAGUGCGAGUGCCAUCUUCUCCUUGAUCUUGCUGUUCGGAGUGAUCCUCAUGGUGGGGUUCCUGAACCUGGAGUAUUAUACAGUCAUUCCCACUGUUGCAUGCUCAAAGAUCGCCCUGUUGGGUCAGCUGCUCCACCCUCGUCAGUUUCUAAACUCCAUGGCACACUGCAUCAUGGGGAUAAUUGUUGGUUGGUGUUGUGCCAUUACCAUCGGAGGAAGAUAUGAGAUGCUUGGCUUCUCUUGCACACAGAGUGAUGGCUCCGCUCAGAUGUGCCUGAAUGAGUAUCAAAUCUUCCUUCUGCUGGCCGGAGCUUUUGUUGGACUCUCUCACAGUCUGCUGGGUGUGAUCCACAACAUGAACUAUGUUGCUUUCCACACUGUUCAGCAAUUCAAAUACCUUCAGUUUAAAGGCUCCCUGCCUUUGGUGGUGAAAUGCAGCGCGGUUCAAGCACUUUACUCUGUCAGGAACUACAUCGUUGUUUAUUUCUUCUUGGGAUAUAUUCCAAGAGCAUGGAUCUGUAAAACUCUGAACCUUCAGUUGAACAGCUCUGUCCACCAGCUUGACAGUAUAGCAGGGCUGCUGGAUCUCUCCCUGCUGGGCCACCUCUGGAUCAGUGCCACCUUCCUCCUCUUCACAUGGCAUAUCACACUGCUGCUCUUCAGGAUCUUUGUCACUGAGGUGUACAGUUUUCCUGUGCAGUCAUCUUUCACUGAGGAUGCUCACCAGUGUCUUCCUAAAGUUCUUACAGACAAGCAGCCGAUGAUAGUGAAGUUUCUAGCUCUGCAGGACUUGGCUCUGCUGUCUCAACACUCCCCAUCACGACGCUCUGAGGUCUUCAGUCUGAGUCAGCCAGGUGGCCAUCCUCAUAACUGGAAUGCAAUCAGUAAGGAGUGUCUGUCGAUGCUGGCCGAUCUGACCCAGAGACUCAUAGCCUAUCAUGAAACAGUGGCGACCAACGGCAGGGCCAAAUCUAUGUCGACAGGGAGUGAAAGGAAGACCUCGUCUGAGUCAUCAGUAACCUCAGGUACAGAAGAUCUGAUGAGCCCUAAACCCACCUUCCUGAUGAAAACUCCAGCUUCUGUCUUUGCCCGCACCGUUGUCGGCCACCCACAGAGUCCUCUGACGGCACCCUUCACUCCUGACCUGGACAGCCCGUUCGCUUCUCCGGCUCUGCGGCGUCUCACUGCUCCUGUGGAUCAAUGCUCGCCGUGGUUUGGCACAGUGCAGAGCCCACACGUCAUGAGGAGAGGGCCAAAACUGUGGUCUACCUCCACAGAUUCACAGGUCAAUGGAAGUCCUCCGCCAUCGCCUGCCUCAGUAACCAGCCCCAAGCAGGAACCCUCCAAACCAAGUCUCCUGGCUAAGUUCCUCCAGAACAGAAAAGAACAGGUUAAGAAUUUCUUGGCAAAGCGGGUGCUGGUUAUGUAUUGGUUUAACAAGCUUCCAGAAGCAUCCAGCCAGGCUCUGUUUGCAGACAGCCAGGCUCACAUCUGGGCUCUCGAAGGGCUGUCUUAUCUGGUUCAAGCCUCCUACUCAGAGGACCAGUUCGGGGUUGUGCAGACUACAUUACCCAGCAUUCUUAGUUGCAUGCUGGUGUUACAAGAGGCAGUAGAUCGACACUUCAAGCUGCCUCAUGCCUCCAGUAAGCCGGCCAGGUCGGGCAGCAGCAUGGGAGACUCCACUUACAAAACCCUGCGCUUUGCUCUCAGGGCCACACUCAAGACCGCCAUCUACAGGAUAACAACCACAUUUGGAACUCACUUAAAUGCUGUUCAGAUGUCUGCAGAGCACCGGAAAAGAUUGCAGCAGUUUCUGGAGUACAAGGAAUAACACACCUGACACUUCAGAUUCUUAUUAGUGUGAUUUUGUGUGUGUGUGUGUGUGUGCAAGUAAGUGAAAGCUCAUGAUAGUGCCUCCUUUAAUAUUUAUGUCUGCACUAUGCCAUGGCAGAUUGAGUUUGACAGGCUAGCUGACAUCUCCUGCAUGCUGGAGGAUGGGACAGGAAGCCCAACAGAUGAACUGAAACAGGUCUGGAGACUGUUGCUGCCUGUGUUUGGGUGAUUGAAAGUAGCCUACUGUAGAGAAAGCAGCUCAUUCCAAAAUAUGUUAGUUUCUUUUCUAUUACAAGAAAAAUCAUAUCAGGUUUUUGACUUUUGCUUGAUGGGACGAGUUGCAAAAGGGCUAUUUGUGCUACAGUUGUACUAUUUCUAGUUUCAUAUUUAAUGUGCUGUCUCCUGGAAUUCCGUUUUUACAAUUUCAAAGCAUGCAGCAGGUGUGAUGACUGAGUAAGAGAGCGAGAGAGAGAGGGAGCAUGGUUUGUCAGAGUGAUGAGCAAGAAGCUGUGUGGUGUCAGAGUGUGUGUUCUGAUGUUGAAGUUUUGAGGAUCUGGUUUUGUUCUAGACACCAGCUAGGAGAAUAAAAACAUCAUAAUGAGAAAACACAAUAGGCACAUCUGUUUAUUCAUUUUAAGUUUUUUUUGUUGUAUUUUUCAUGUUACUUAAGGCUAUUUUUCAGAUAAAGACUGGAUGUAUAGCGUGGCUGAUCACCAGUUUGGGAAGUUAUUUUUUGUCACUGCCAUCGUGUGUGGAGUUAAAACUUUCCUCUCAAGAACUGUUGAAUAAAAAAUUAUGUAAUGAUGA